GUAAUAACUGCCAAAAAAUCAUUAUCUGCUCAUUGUAAAAAGUCAUAACGAUAUGCAAUAAUGAUGAAUGCAGCCUCAUCACCAAACUUUCGGUCUUUUUCAUAACGACCGAACAUUUUAUUUGAUUUUUAUAAUUGAAUUUUAAGGUAUGCGAUUAGAAGUGGUCGUUCACACGGCUGCGCUACAAGUCCCACAAAGCCUAUUCAUCUCAAUUCUUUUUUAUUUUAACUCACCACAAGUCUUAACCUUUGAAUUAGUCAAAAGUCUUCCCUGAGUUCUUAAUAAAUAAUUACGGCUUACACUUGUUUGACUUUCUUUUGUAUUCUUUGCGAAGAAAUAACAGCGCAUGUAUAUAUGUAUUUUGUUUUAUUUUAUUGCAACAUGUGUGUAUAUAUAUAGACAGAACAGGAACAAAAGCCAUAUCACUUUCUUUCUCAUUUUCCCCUAAUAGAGAUAAGACUUGUGAAACCCUAAAAGUUGAUAUACAUAUCAGAAACUUAAAGAGGUUUAGCUAGUGAAAGUAAUUAAUGGCAAUAAAAGAGAGAUCAUUAGAGGAGACACCAACAUGGGCUGUUGCUGUUGUUUGCUUCGUUAUUCUUUUCAUCUCCAUCUUGAUCGAAUAUUUCUUGCACUUUAUUGGUCAUUGGUUUAAGAAGAAGCAUAAGAAAGCUUUGUGUGAAGCUCUUGAAAAGGUUAAAGCAGAACUGAUGCUACUGGGAUUCAUAUCUCUUCUACUUGUUGUGUUACAAACACCAGUCUCCGAAAUUUGCAUCCCAAAUAGAGCUGCUGCGACUUGGCAUCCUUGUAGUAGGGCACAAGAGCUGGCUAAAUAUGGUCAAGAUUAUAUCGACGAUGGUCGCAAAAUUCUUGAAGACUAUGACUCCAACGACUUUUAUAGUCCUCGUCGAAGUUUAGCCACCAAGGGUUAUGACAAAUGCGCAGAAAAGGGGAAAGUAGCAUUAGUAUCCGCGUACGGUAUCCACCAGCUGCAUAUAUUCAUCUUUGUGCUCGCUGUUUUUCAUGUUCUCUACUGUAUUACAACCUAUGCUUUGGGGAAGACCAAGAUGAAGAAAUGGAAAUCAUGGGAGAAAGAGACCAAAACAAUUGAAUACCAAUAUGCCAAUGAUCCAGAGAGGUUCAGGUUUGCAAGAGACACAUCGUUUGGACGUAGACAUUUGAAUGUAUGGAGCAAGUCUUCUGUUACCCUCUGGAUGACUUGUUUCUUCAGACAGUUCUUUGGAUCAGUGACAAAGGUCGAUUAUCUUACACUAAGACAUGGGUUUAUCAUGGCACAUUUGCCAGCAGGAAGUGAAGCUCGUUUCGAUUUCCAAAAAUACAUUCAAAGAUCUUUGGAAGAAGAUUUCAAGGUUGUUGUCGGUAUAAGCCCACUGAUAUGGUGCAUCGCUGUCUUGUUCAUAUUGACUAAUACACAUGGAUGGGCUUCCUAUCUUUGGCUGCCUUUCAUCCCUUUGCUUGUGAUAUUAGUAGUAGGAGCAAAACUUCAAGUAAUAAUAUCAAAAUUAGGACUAAGGAUUCAAGAUAAAGGAGAUGUGGUUAAAGGAGCUCCGGUGGUUGAACCGGGUGAUGAUCUCUUUUGGUUUGGUCGUCCUCGUUUCAUUCUCUUCCUCAUUCACUUGGUUCUUUUCACGAAUGCAUUUCAACUUGCUUUCUUCGUUUGGAGCACUUACGAGUUCACACUUAAAAAUUGCUUCCACCACAAAACGGAAGAUAUUACAAUCAGGAUCGUCAUGGGGGUGUUAAUACAAGUUCUAUGCAGCUACAUCACUCUACCUCUCUAUGCUCUCGUGACUCAGAUGGGAACUUCAAUGAGGCCGACUAUUUUCAACGACAGGGUAGCCAAUGCAUUGAAAAAAUGGCACAACACGGCCAAGAAACAUACCAAACAUGGACAUUCUGGGUCCAACACACCUAGCCGCCCUACCACGCCAACACAUGGCAUGUCACCAGUGCAUCUCCUUCACAACUACCAUAACCGCAGCCUUGACCAGCAAACUAGCUUCACUGCCUCUCCUUCUCCUCCUAGAUUCUCUGAUUACGGCGGCCAAGGCCAUCAGCGUUUCUUCGAUCCUGAAUCCCAGAGUGUCUCUUGCCAACAUGAGAUCACAGAUUCCGAAAACACCAAUAGUCAGCAUCCACAUGCUGACACCACAAGUCCUGUUAGAGAAGAGAGAGAGAUUACUGAGCAUGUCAGGGUUGAUCUGCCGGAGUUUACUUUCAAGAAAUGAUAUGAGUUAUAUACUUUACUUGCUGUUUACUCUUUGUAAAUGAUUUAAAGUUUCGAAUGGCAUCUUCUCUCUCUAAAUGGCCCAAUAUUAACUAAUACUAGUAUCUACAUAAAAGAUAUGCACAUCUUAAGCCCAUCAUGUCUUUGUAUAGAGGCAAGCAAAUGUCUUUUAGGGGGUGUUAGUGGGACUUAGAUUUCUAUAGAGUUUGUUGAUUUUAAAAGUUGAGAGAUUUAUUAAAUUUGGAAAGAGAUGUAGAGAAUUUUGUAUAUUGUGAAAAUCUAUGAAAAUAAAGUAAUGUAAUGAUUCUAAGAAUUCAAGGUAAACAUGUAGUAUUCUCAAAAUCUUAAUUUGUGAGUUAAAAUGAUAAGAAUUCAACUCCCAAUAACACUUACUUUAAUAGAUUUGUAGAAUCAUUAAAAUCUAAACUUUUUGAAUAACAAAUGAUUUUGUAUAGAGUUAUAGAAUCAUCAAACCAAUAACAAUAGAUUUUAAUGAGAAUAUGAGAAUCUAUAAACCAAUAACACUAGACUUAGAAAUUCUAAGACUCAUUAUAAAUCUCAUCCCCACUAACACCCCCUUA